AAUAGCGAUGGAUUCAGUGCAGGGGAGUGAGAUAAACCAUGGCGGAAAUUUCUGUCAUAAAAAGAUGAGAAUUCAGAAGAAAAGGCAUUUGGAUUGCGCGUUGCUCGCAGUAGUUAGCGAGAUACAAACGGCUGUUGCAGCGAUCACUACUAUAACGACUCGAAGAUCGAACCCGCUUUGGAUAUCCUUCCGAUCACCUUUGUUCCUCGAUGUAAUUUAUGGAGUCAUUUUCAUUGUUUUUGUAUAUCUUCCCCAAUGCUUUCUCGUUGGGAUUGGAAAACCGGUUCUCUUCUGCUUGGCAUCGGAGAGCGGGAGGACGCAGCUGCCACGAGCAAGCAAAUUGAAUUACGAUCCCAAGCCUUACCGGUAAGUUUGAUCUAAAGCUCUGUGCGUAAUGUAACCGCCGGUUUUCUUUCUGAUCGUGAAAUUUCCUUUGUUUUAGCAGCCGAAUGUGUGCAAAUUUUCUAUCAUGGUUGUGGAAAAACAAAUUUUCUCUCCAAAUUAGUUUUUUUUUUUCGCCUAAUAAAUUAGUUUAAGAUAG